CUGUCUGAAUCUCACAAUAUUCAUCAAUCUGAAAAAAAAAAACACAGAUACUAAAUUUUUUUUGUGGCGAUUCAUAUCAGCAAAUUAAAUGGAGACAGUUAAUUCAUUCAAGGGCUACGGUAAAGUAGACGCGCUAGAGGAAGCAGCUUUCAGAAGAAGAACCCGAAAGCGCGUGAUCAUACUCGCCGUCUCACUGGUUCUGCUGGUGGUGCUGAUUGUCGGAGUUGUCGCCGGAACUGUAGCUCACCGCCGCAGCAAGGGCGGAGUUCCGGCGACGCCCACCUCCACGUCAGCCGCCAUUAAGUCGGUCUGCAGUGUGACGCAGUACCCGGACUCUUGCUUCGCCAGCUUGGAAUCUGGCAACAGUACAAACCCUGGGAAUAUCUUCAAGCUCUCGUUAAUGGUGGCCGUCGAUUCUCUGAAGAGGCUUUCCGCCGCUUUCCCCGGCGAGUACGCCAACAGGACGGACAAGCCGCUCGUGAAGGAGGCGCUGAGGGUUUGCGCCGCCGUGCUGAGCGACGCCGUCGAUUCGCUCGACGACACCAUCUCCUCCGUCGACGGCGGCGGUAAGGCGGGGGUGGUGUCGAGAAUCGACGACUUGAAGACGUGGCUGAGCACCGCCGUGACUGACCAGGAGACGUGCCUCGACGCGCUGGAGGAGGCGAAGGCCCCCUUCCUGGAAGAAAUCAAGCUCCUCGCGAAGAACUCGACGGAGUUCGCCAGCAACAGCUUGGCCAUCGUGUCCAAACUCCUCGGACUUCUCGGAGAUUUCGAUAUUCCGUUCAACAGGCGGCGGCUGCUGGCGGCGCCGGCGGGAUUUCCGGCGUGGGUUGCGGCGAGGGAGCGGAGGCUGCUCCAGGAGUUUCGGCCGAAGCCGGACGUGACGGUGGCGGUGGACGGCAGCGGAGAUGUGGCGACGAUCAACGAGGCGGUGGCGAGGAUCCCGAAGAAGAACCUAACGAAAUUCGUGAUAUACGUCAGGGCCGGCGAGUACGUGGAGAAUGUGGAGCUGGUGAAGUCGAUGUGGAACGUGAUGAUGUACGGCGACGGUAAAACCGCCACCAUUAUCUCCGGCAGCAAGAACUUCAUGGACGGCACGCCGACCUUCUCCACCGCCACUUUCGCCGUCGCCGGAAAAGGGUUCAUCGCCCGAGACAUAGGGUUUAGAAACACCGCCGGAGCGGAAAAGCACCAAGCGGUGGCCCUCCGGUCCGGCUCCGACAUGUCGGUCUUCUACCGGUGCUCGUUCGACGGCUUCCAGGACACGCUCUACGCCCACUCCAACCGCCAGUUCUACCGCGACUGCGACAUAACCGGGACCAUCGAUUUCAUCUUCGGGAACUCCGCGGUCGUCUUCCAAAACUGCAACAUCAUGCCGAGGCAGCCUUUGUCCAAUCAAUUCGUCACGAUCACCGCGCAGGGCAAGAAAGAUCCGAACCAAAACACCGGGAUGUCGAUCCAACGGUGCACGAUGAGCCCGUUGGACAAUCUAACGGCCCCCACCUAUUUGGGCCGGCCGUGGAAGGAUUUUUCGACUACGGUUAUUAUGGAGACUUCUAUUGGUGGAUUCUUGCAUGCGAAAGGAUGGAUUUCGUGGGUCGCGAAUGUGGACCCGCCGAGCACGAUUUUCUACGCGGAGUAUCGGAAUACCGGGGCUGGAGCGGGUACGGGUGGGCGGGUUACGUGGGCCGGGUAUAAGCCCGAUAUUACGGCGGCCCAGGCCUUGAAAUAUAAUGUGGGCUCAUUUAUUGAAGGUUCUUCAUGGCUGCCUGCUACUAGUGUGGCAUUUGAUUCUACCUAGUGAUUUAAUUGUGUACUAGUUUCUCUAUACUUUUUUUUCUUGUAAAAUUAAUUUGGUUACACACUUUACUUUAAUUUGAUGAUUAAAAGUUGCAAUUUUGGUAU